ACAUGUCGGCAGUGAGAGGCUGCGCUGUGCUGCUGCUUCUGGCCGUCGCCGUUUCAGUCCCGCCUGCAGAGGGCAAACCAGCGAGGAUCAUCGGGGGGCAGGAGGUGGUGCCGUACUCUGUCAAAUACCAGGCCUCCCUGCAGUAUAAAGGGAGGCAUUACUGCGGGGGGACGUUGGUUCACCCCCAGUGGGUGGUGUCGGCCGCCCACUGCUGGAGGCCGAGCGGGCUGAUCCAGGUCGUCCUGAGCGAACACAACCUGAACAAAGUGGAAGGGUUUGAGCAGGUUUUUAACGUCUCACAGAUUCAUCUCCACGGAUUUAACUACCGGACGUUCGACAACGACAUCAUGCUCCUCAAGGGGGACUCCGGGGGGCCUCUGAUCUGUGACGGGCAGCUGGAGGGCAUCGUGUCCUGGGGAAUCAGCUGCGCUAACCCCUACUUCCCCGGGGUCUACACCAAAGUGAGGAACUACGUGGGCUGGAUCCAGAGGGUCAUCGCUACGUUCUCUCCAUGAAGACAUGCUGCACACACCAUGCUACACUCACUCUGUGGAAACACUUGAUCACAUUCUUCCUGAGGGUUUAUUAUAUUAGUGACUCCACACUGUGGAGCAUAGAGCCAUGGUUAUCUGUCUCUUAGAUAGUUAGACCUGUAUUUAUUACAAUUCAUGGGUUUUCAUUCAAUGUUCUUAUGGAGAAAUCAGAUGAAGAAAUAAAUAGUGGUGGACUGACAUGUGUUUUAAAAUGGACGAUAUUGUGUUUUUUCUUUUGCAUCUGAUACCAAUUCAAUAAUAAUGAGACACAAACUACUUUAGAAGGUGUGCAUUGCAUUCAAUUGAAUUAGAUUAAUAAACAGUGUCAGUGGAAAGGGGCUCACUCAGAUGUUUAAAUAAAUACAUAAUCAGAAAAUUCUCACUUUUUAGAAAAUCUCAAAAUUCUCACUUUUUCCGAUAAUUUCCAAAUUCGCACUUUCAGAAAAUCAAAAACGGUUAUUUUGAAAAUCUCAGAAUUUUGGCACUUUUGUGUUUUUAUGUCAUCGUUUCUGAAGCUGCAGCACAUUUCUCAUAGUGGAAGUGUUUUGAGGCGUUUGGAUCUGUCGGCCACCGUAGAAACAGAAAUGUUUUCUUGGAGGUGUUUUUUUUGUCUAAUAAAAUGUCUUUGAGAUGCCAGCUUCAGAUUUUGUCUAGCUUUUUA